AAGCUACUCAGUACUCACCCCCCUCCCCCCCUCUCUCUCUCUCCUCUCUGUCUCUCUCUAAACAUACUUUCCAUUAACGUUAGAUUCAUCAAAUUGACAACGAUACCUCUUUAUUUAGUUAUAUUUUCUCUCUCUAGGGUUUCAGAUUCCUAACACACACAGAGAGAGAGAGAGACAUAGAGAGAAAGCUUCUCUCACAAUCAAUCAUGCGGAAUUCGAGCUGAUUCUCUCACUUUAUUACUCGGAUCUCAGAUUCGGAUCUUCUCCGAGAUUUCCCACCGCUCCUUUUCGCCGCCCUGAUCGGAUUCCAAGCGCCGAUGUGGUAGAUAUCUUGCUGUUUAAGCGGGGGUUGUCCUUUUUAGAUGUUCUGCAGCAGUUGCUUCAGGUCUGUGAUUCUUCAAGCUGGGUUUAUUGGGAGAUUUACAAAAGGAAGGGUUCUACUGAGCAACUUAGGAAGAAAUUUGAAUGCAACUUGGGGCCAGACGUAUUGGUCGAAUCGCGUAUUUACAAAGACAGCAGAAAUGAUGGUGGAUACUGGUGCAACUGCUAGUCGAGGACCCAUUGUUGAUGUUUUGCCAGAGAGAGAUGAUGAUGGUGGCUAUGCUAGUGGAGGGUGGAGAAGCGAGGAUGGAAAAUUGAGCUGUGGAUAUUCAAGUUUUAGGGGAAAGAGAGCUAGCAUGGAGGAUUUCUUUGAUCUUAAAACUGCCAAGAUUGAUGGAGAAACGGUCUGCAUGUUUGGGAUAUUUGAUGGUCAUGGUGGUUCUCGUGCGGCUGAGUUCCUGCAGGAACAUCUCUUUGAGAACCUGAUGAAGCAUCCACAAUUUCUAACUAAUACCAAAUUGGCUAUAAGUGAAACUUAUCAACAAACAGACGCAGAUUUCUUGGACUCUGAAAAAGACACUUACCGCGAUGAUGGUUCUACUGCUUCCACAGCAGUUCUGGUUGGCAGUCAUUUGUAUGUUGCCAAUGUUGGAGAUUCACGGACAGUUAUAUCCAAGGCUGGCACAGCAAUUCCUCUUUCCGAGGAUCAUAAGCCAAAUAGAAGUGACGAGCGCAAGAGAAUUGAAAGUGCUGGGGGCGUUGUAAUGUGGGCAGGCACUUGGAGAGUAGGUGGUGUCUUAGCAAUGUCCCGUGCUUUUGGUAACCGCAUGUUGAAGCAAUUUGUUGUGGCCGAUCCUGAGAUCCAGGAUCUAGAGAUUGGUGAAGAAUUUGAAUUGCUUGUGCUGGCAAGUGAUGGGCUAUGGGAUGUGGUACCCAAUGAGGACGCUGUCUCACUUGCACGAACGGAAGAAGAACCUGAGGCAGCAGCACGGAAGUUAACCGAGACUGCUUUCACACGCGGCAGUGCUGACAAUAUCACCUGCAUUGUGGUGAAGUUUCACCACCGUAAGGCAGAUCCAGCUGAUCCGGAGCACGAGUAGAUACAUUUGAAGGACAUUACCUCCCCAAACGUUUUGGGUAAAGCAAGCCGGAGAUGUUGACAUUGCAAUGCCCCACUCGGCAAGAGGAGAUUUGUUUAUUCAUUUGUUUGUUUCUAGUUUUGGUAUGUUUUGUUCUUUUGUUAUUACCAAGUGAACAUGAACAUGUAACUAUGUUUAUUCCGGCACAUGUUUAUGCUCCUGUUAUCUUCCUGGCACUAGUUUCAUUUGGUUAAUCUAGUUGUAUUCUCAAUAAAAUGAUGCUCCUAUUUUAUCCA